AUGCCGGGCAAGAAGCGGCCCACGUCGGCCAAGCAGUCGGCCCACUCGAAGCGGCACAAGGCGUCCGGCGGCGGCGGCGGGUCCAAGGCCAAGAAGGGCGGCGCGUACCCGUCCGCCGACGCGGCCGCGGCCGACAAGGCGGCAAAGGCGGCCAGGUCGCUCGCCAAGAAGGACCGCAAGGGCAAAGGCCCCGCCUUCAUCCCCGUGCCCGAGGCGCGCAAUGGCGGCGGCGGCGGCGGCGGCGAGAGCGGCAGUGGGGAGGACGACGAGGACGACGACGACGACGAGGGCAUGGACGUCGACCCAGAGCUUCUCGAAGGCGACGGUGUCGACUUCCUCACGAGGCUCGACAAGAAGGGCAUGUCGGCCUCCCGUCCGACACUCGCCAAGGCGUACAAGGACGACAAGCCCGCUCCUGCACCUCGCACCAAGGGCGCCUUCUCGCACAUCAAGGUCGACCCGGCCCCGCCGACCAAGUCGGAGCUCAAGGCGGCCAAGAAGCGCGACAUUGAGCGCAAGAAGCUCCUCAAGGCGCGCGAGAACGGCGACGAGCCGUACGACUCGGCCGACGACGACGAGCUCGCCGGCGUCGACGCCGGCCACGAGGCGCAGCAGGGCUCGGGCGGCAAGGCGCACCCCGAGGGCGAGCUCGUCGACGACCUCGAGUCGGACGACUUUGCGUUCGGCAGCGGCGACGACGACGAUCUCGAUGAGCUGAGCUCGAUGAGCGAGUGGAGCGACGACGACGACGACGAGGGCGCGCGCGAGAUCGACCCGGGCGACGACUCGCUCGACGACGACUCGCUCCUCGGGUCCGAGGACGACGACGAGGAGGGCCUGUGGUCCGACGAGGACAGCGAGGGCGCGGUGGGUGAGGGCGCAGACGCGUCGCUCACGUUCGACUCGGGCGAGGAGCUCGGCGCCGACCUCGACUCGGAGGACGACGAGGACGAGUCGAGCGGCGGGGAGGGCGAGGACCUGUCGGGCGAUUCGGCGGGCUCGACGUCUGGCGACGAGGCGCUGUCGCGCGCCGCCAAGCGCAGCAAGAAGCGCGCGCCGUCGUCGGACGCCGACGAGGUCGAGGCGCGGUACGAGGCGUCGCGCCCGCUCAAGAAGGUCAAGGAGCCCAAGGCCCUCCCGACCAAGCUCCCGACCAUCGUCAACGGCAAGGUCGUGCGCAGCGCCGAGCCCCUGUCGACCGUCCCGCUCGCCGACGACUCGGACGACGACGACGUCGAGGAGGCCAAGCCGCGCAAGGAGCAGGAGUACCGCAGCGACCCGCUCGGGCAGCGCUUCGGCCGGCCCGCCGUGCGACAGCUCCUCGAGAUCCGCAACAAGAAGGAGCGCGUCACGAGGGCGCGGGAGGAGAUUGCCGACCUCGGUCGCGAGGCGGCAGGGACGGGCGAAGGCGAGGGCGGGCUCAACCUCCUCAAGCGGCUCCUGUCGCUUUGCGCGCCCAAGUUCAACUCGUCGUCGGCGGCCCGCAGCGCCGGCGAGAAGCCGAUCCAGGUCGACCGCGAGAUCCGCAUCAUGGCCAUGGUCUCGCUCCUCGCCGUGUACAUCGACAUCUUGCCUGGGUACCGCAUUCGCGAGCUGUCCGAGACCGAGAAGGACGUCCAGGUCAGCCAGAUGGUCGCUCGGCAACGCGAGUGGGAGAACGGGCUCGUCUCGACCUACAAGAAGUUCCUCGAGAUCUGCGAGCACGAGGUGGCCGAGAACUCGCCGAUCGCGCCCGCCGCCCUGCACUGCCUGUGCACCUGCGUCCGCGAGAAGCCCGACUUCAACUUUGCGACCAACGUCAUGGACGUCAUCGUCAAGCGCCUCGGCCGCAAGGGCUGGGACGAGGGCCACCAGCAGGCGCUCGACGCCGUCAUCUACCUGUUCCAGCACGACACGACGACGACCGCCUUCAACUCGCUCCACCUCGUCCGCCUCAUCUCGCGCCUCGUGCGCGCGCGCUCGUUCGCCGUCCGCCCCGAGGUCAUCUCGGCCCUGCUCAACCUGCGCCUCAAGGACGAGCUCGGGCGCGGCACGCGCGCGUCGGCCGACGCCGUGUUCCGCGAGCGCGAGGGCAAGCACGGCAUCGUGCGGUGGAACAAGGAGAAGAACCACAAGGGCCGCAAGGGCGGCAAGGCCAAGGAGGCCAUGGCCAAGAAGGGCUCGAAGAAGGCGCGCCAGGCCCGCAAAGAGCAGAACCAGGUCGACCGCGAGAUGCGCGAGGCCGAGGGCGAGGUCAACCAGGAGGAGCGCGAGCGCCACAUGACCGAGACGCUCAAGCUCCUCUUUGCGCUCUACUUCCGCAUCGUCAAACUCGACUACCGGUCGCCGCUCCUCCCUGCCGCCCUCGAGGGCCUCGCUCGGUUCGCCCACCUCGUCAACAUCGACUUCUUCCGCGACCUCCUCGAGUGCCUCAAGGCCCUCAUCUACCGCGGCGUCAAGACGGACGACGCCGACGACAGCGACGACGACGACGUCGUUGACUCGAUCAACGUCAAGCGCAACGACAUGCGCGAGAAGCUCCUGUGCAUCGUCACCGCGUUCGAGCUCCUUCAAGGGCAGGGCGAGGCGCUCAACGUCGACCUCGGCGAUUUCGUCACGGCCCUGUACUCGCUCAUCCUCCCCCUGUCGCUCUCGCCCACGUUCGAGGAGGCGCCCUACCUCGCCCAGAACGCCAUGACGCUCGCCCACAAACAGACGUACAAGCUCGCGCAAACCGAGGCCGACCUCGUCUUCCGGGCCCUGACGGCCAUCUUCCUCCUCCCUCGUUCCCUCCCCUCGCCCAUUCGCACCCUCGCGUUCGCCAAGCGCCUCCUGUCGGCGUCGCUCCACUGGCCGCCAGCGUCGCAGCUGCGCACCCUGUCGUUCCUGCGGUCGCUCCUCAUCCGCGAGCCGCGCCUCGAGGCCAUGCUCGAGACGAGCGACCGCCGCAUCGACGGGCGGUGGCGAGGGCACGUCGACGAGCCCGAGCGCGCCGAGCCCGAGAGCACGUGCUUCUUCGAGGCGGGCCUGUACGUGCGCGACCACCCGGACGAGAAGGUGCGCGCCGAGGCCAAGAAGCUCGUCAACUACCGCCGCGAGUAGACGCACUCCC